UACGCGAGGAAUGAUUUGAAAAAUUGGGAUUGGAUUUUUGGAGUUUUUGAGGGCUUUUGGUUCACCAGGCAUUUCGACGAAAAAUGAAAAGAUCUGCAUCCUCUUAUAUCCUAUCUCUGGCAAGCAGUGUCCGAGGACCGCUGUUGCGCCCAUCUCGAAAGAGAUGGUUGAAGCCCUCAGAUAGGAAAUGAGAAGGGACCGGCAUGUCGCGCAAUGGACUGUGGCUCCCUUCGUGUAGUUGUGUGUCGUAGUCCUGUGUGUCCACUAUCCAACGCUACUGUGCAGUGCAACUCUAUCGCGGAUUCCCCCUCCAUACUGAUACUUCUAGAGUUGUCAAGUUGAUAACCUGUACAUAGCAUCCUGCUUGGGUAGGCCAUGCCAAAGCCUGGGGGUUCACGUGGAUCGGCAGUUUCGCGCGACGUCGUGAUCGAGCAUACACCCCCUCCUCGACCAUUGCAAGACGAAGAACAACCAAUUGACCUCCCAACAACAUGUCUGGUAUAGCAUUCCAGCCCAGCAUGGCAGCGGACUUCUCCAGAUCCGUCUUGCCCGAUCUUCACCAGAUUGCCGACCCUGCGAAACUCGCGACGAUGUUCAACGACCCACGGCAGUUCUGGGUUCAGACGAACCCGCUGCUGUCCGCGUUUGUAUGGAGCAUGCUUUUGUCGGUAGUUGUUUUCAUCGUCUCUGAAGUCAAUGACAAUUACUCGCAAGUGGACAGAUUAUGGCCAUUCCUCCCUACGGGGUACACCCUCCACUUUCUCGCUUGGGCGUACUACCAUAGGUUGGACAGUCCGAGAUUAUGGACAUUGGCAGGACUGCAUGUUGUUUGGACAUGUCGUCUCUUCUGGAAUUAUUACCGUAAAGGCGGAUACUCGAAAGGCUCGGAGGACUACCGCUGGCCUUACAUCCGCAAGAACUGGAGGUUCUUCUCCAACCCCACUUUCUUCCGCUUCUUCAACUUUGCGUUCAUCUGCGUCGCGCAGAACCUCCUCCACCUCGCCAUUGCGACGCCGGCAUACAUCGUCCUUCUCGUCUCACGGGAUGUCGGGCCGAGAGCUGGUGAUGCAUUCGCUGUCGAGGCUUUCGUGUUGAGUUUGUUCCUUGAAGGCUAUGCUGACGAGCAACAAUGGGAGUUCCAGUCUAUGAAGAAGAAGUUCUUGGAGUACCCCGAGGAUCAGAGGCCAGAGCGUUUGGGGGGGUUCACACGCAAGCAAUUGGAGAGGGGCUUCAAUACCCAUGGGUUGUUCGCUUGGUCAAGACAUCCGAACUUCAUCGCGGAGCAGCUCAUUUGGAUCUCGUUUUACGCAAUUGGAUGUACGGCAAGCGGAAUAUGGUUGAACUGGACAAUUGUGGGAUGUUUAUCCUACUGCAUACUCUUUCAGUGCUCGACGCGACUUACCGAAGAGAUAAGUUGUGGCAAAUAUCCAGCAUACCAAAAAUACCAAAAACAGGUGGGCAUGUUCGUCCCGACCGGCAAGUCAUGGGAUGAAGCAGUCGAUGGAAAGGAAGAAUAA